GGCAGUCAUUUCCAAUGGUCUAACAGUCUGUGUGGGGACGGCACAGUGAGCACCAUGAGUGACACGCACCUGUGAUCCCGGGCUUUCCGCGCCAUUUCAUCCGUCACUCAUCCUCCUCUGAAGAUCCUCACCCAACAAGCAGCAGCCAGAAAGGAUGAGUGAAGACCACCGCAGAAGGACGAGCUCAGAGUGGCGGCGGGCGCGGUCCCGAGCAGCAGCGCAGAGCCGGAGGGAGCGAGAGGGCCAGCUAUUCAGGCAGCUGGCUCUGGAGCUGCCCUUGGCUUCCGGUCUGGCCACCCGCCUGGACAAGGCUUCCGUCCUCAGGCUGUCGCUCACCUACCUCCAUCUGCGGGCACUUCAGGAGAACAUGGACACCUGUUUGAGCAGCGUUGACCCCUCACUGUGCGGACCCCCCCGGGAGAGUGAUGGUCCAAUCUACUCACACCCCUGCGGGCACGACUCGGCUAUGGAAUCCUGCGUCGAGAAGGUCCUGGAAUCAGCUCUGGGGGGGUUUCUGCUCCUGGUGUCCCACAGUGGCCAGAUCAUUUACACGACUGAUGGCAUCCACACGCACACUGGCAUCAACCAGAUGGAUCUCAUUGGCCAGAACCUGUUUCACUUCAUGCACCCAUGUGACCUGAAAGAGGUGAGGGACAUCCUGUCCAGCAAAUCAGGCACAGAGGAUCAAAAGCAGUGUGACCUUCAUCUGCGUAUAAAAUGUACUUUGAGUUCCCAUGGACGACCGGCCAGCCUGAAGUCCGCAUCCUGGAAGGUCCUGCACUGCACAGGGAUCCGGAAACACGCGGCAGGCUUGGGGGUGCUGGUGCUGCUCUGUGAGUCGCUGUCGGAGCCGCCGCUCAACGUGCGGGAUGUGAGCCCAGAGGGGGGGGCGGCCUUCCUGAGCAAACAUACGCCAGACAUGUGCUUCUCCUACUGCCAGUCCAGAGUGUCGGAGUUAACAGGCUAUACGGAGAGCGAGCUUAUCGGACAGUCCGUGUACCAGUAUUACCAUGCUUUGGACUGCAAGAACAUGCUGAGGACACAUCUCAGCUUGUUAUCGAAGGGCAGGGUCUCCACUGGACUGUAUCGGCUGCUGGUGAAGCAUGGAGGCUUUGUGUGGAUGGAGACCAGCGCCACCGUGGUGUACAACAGCCACACUGGGCGCCCUCAAGGCAUCAUCUGCGUCAACUACAUCCUCAGCGAUGUGGAACAGCCAGAUGUGGUGUUAUCUCUGAAGCAGAAGGAGUUCAGGACGUCCUGUUCCACAGGUCCUGUCACUGCCCCAAGCCAUGUUCACCUGGCUGCUGGUUCUGGGUUGACGGUGGAGAAGACCGUACCCCCUGCCCUCCAUGACGUGAGGGACAGGGUGGAGGUACCCCAGGGAUACCCCUUCAUGGAAACGCUGUUGGAGUGGGACACCGCCGAAACCACACAGAAGGCCACCCAGCAGGAUCUAUCUGAGGAGGACCUGGACACUCUGGCUCCAUACAUCCCCAUGGACGGAGAAGACUUCCCCCUCUCUCCCAUCUCAGACAUGGUGGAGGACCUGACUGAGUCCAGGCCCGAGGAGACCCUUUACAUCCUCCCGUACCAGGAGGCAGAGAGUUGGGGCCGGCCUGGCUGCCCCUCCCCACGCCCUGCCCCCCCCCUCCACAGGCCCCUGACAUCAUAUGCGCCUCCUCAGACACAGCCGGCUGUUAUUUCCCAUUACAGCCCCCUACAGACUCACAUGCUCAAAGGCUUCCCCUAUUGGAAUGGUCUGAGAUCAGCAUACAGUAAUGACGUCAUAUCCACGUCCAGCCCUGGGAAACGGGAGGUUUAUACUCGCAAGAGACAUUGGACCGAGGGACAUUUACUGUCCAGCAGAGAUCAACAGUCUUGCCGUAGCUCUUGCAUUGGUGGGCAACCGGCUGCAUCUCAGUGGAAGAAAGUGAGACCAAAUCACAGUAACUACAUGCCAGUCAAGAAGUGUGACCCCUUGUGGUGGAGUCCAGGUACGAUGAUCAACGGGUGUUACCAGAUUCCGUUGGGGUUUGUGCCCUGGGCCCCCAAAUACAGAAACGCCCCCAGCACCCCCCCAGCCCAGGCUGUCUCACGCACUGGCAAUGAACGUCGAGCCGCAGACCAGCCCCGAGCAGAGCCAGCGGCAGCAGUUCUGCCUGUGCUGAGCCGUCUGGAGUGUGAAGUGAACGCCCCCCUGGGCCCGACGUCCUGCCUGCUGCACGGUGCCGAAAUCCUCUCUGUCCUCGAUCAGGCCACCUUCAGACUCUGCCCCUAGGGCGGCCGACAAACAUCACAACUGCUAGCCAUCCCAAAAGGCCCGAAGGCCUACAGCCCAAAAUCCUGGGUAAACAUGGCCUAAUAGUCUGUAAACUUAGACCAAAAGCCGGUUUUGGGUUCCAGUCAAUUUCACCUAUAGCCCUGAAAGCAUCCAUCCAUCCAUCCAUCAUCCAUCCAUCCAUCCAUCCAUCCAUCCAUCCAUCAGUAAUAUCCAGGUCAGAAUGAAGAGCCCAGAGCUGAUUGCAGCCACCAUACGAUACAGCUGAGAUACUAUAGUCCACCGUUGGGCACAAUGUCACAUCACAGGUACAUUACAGUCACCACGUUUAUUAGCUGUGUGUCUUUGACUUUAAGAAGAAUCUCAGGCUUGGAGAGAAGCUGCAAACUCCACACACACAGAGCCGGGAGUGUGAUCCAACCCCCCCAACCGGGGAGGUGUUGGGUCCGGGGUGUGAACACAUGAUACCCCGUUGAUGUGUGUGUACGCGGUGGGUUUGGGCUCCUACCAUCCCUAACUUCUGCAUUUAAAAUCCUGCUUUGAUUUAAAUAUGCUCAUAUAUUUAAAAAAAUGCAACAGGCGGCAAAGAAAUGGUAGAGAGACAGCACUAAAAAUAAAUGAAGAUUUCAUGCAAUACGAGGCCAGAGACUGCAGACGAUUUUUGGAGCAGACCAGCACAAUUCUGUAUGGAACAGAAGGUGUUUUCACAGAAAAUGGGAAAUCAUGAAAAACACCCAGCAAAUAUUCUUACUUUUAGUUUUGUUCCUUAAACACUGAGAAUCGCCACAUACAUUACACAAUGGCUUAAAUUUGUAUAUUAAUGAUACUGAGCUCAAAUAAAUGUACAUAUUACAUUGUGGAUACGUUUGGUCCCCAUAAUGUGACAAAAAAACCUGUCAUUUUAACACUGUAGAGACCAUUUUUUCGGUCUCCACAAGGGAAAACUAAAUUUUAUUUUUUAAAAAUCUCUGGCUGUAAUCAAAUGCGUGUGUGUUAGUCUGUUCAUCCAUCCAUCCCUAUGCACCUGACCGAAUACAUGCCGGUACAUGCCGAUGUCUAUGCCCUCCCGGGACAUUCGGUGGAGCCAUUGCCUUAUGUAAUUACUGAACCUCACUCAUUCACCCUCAGCGCAUGACUGCUGCUCCUCUCAGCUCUAACCCGGCCAUCAGGGACAUGCGAUCGCCCUAAACACACAAUCGGAUUAUAUAUGUCGUCUGAAGUAGUUUGUAAACUGAACAGCUGUGAACGCUUUAUCCACAGUAAUUCCGUUAGUAAUUCUGAGGCAUCACGUAGGUUAUUAACGCGUAUCUGUUGCCAUUAAUAGCAUUUGGACUAUUUUAAUUAUGUCAGAUCUCCUGCCAGUUUCCAUCUAUUCACUAUGUGUCACGAGCUAUAGCUAGUUUUUUAUUAUUAAAUGUUUUCGGUGCAUGUUAUCUUAAUGCUUCAUUGGUCUAUAACACACAACUUUAAUUUUGGCCGCUUUGUUAAUAUGAAAUGCAGCCCGUAUUCCUGACAUGCCGACCUGUCACAGACCGCUUCCAAAGCGGGAUUCACACUCCAG